GUCGCGACGCCGUGGUAUUCGCGCCGUCAGUGUCGAGUGAACUUGGAGUACCGGAGUACCGGAAGUGGGAAUAAGGUGUCGGUUCAAGAUAGUUUCUAUACUACUUGUAUAGAAUUUCUAUACUACUUGUGAAACAUUCACUUCCUUUAUUACACGUCGAGCGUUUUCUCUUGCGACUCUGUUGGAUUAAUUGCGACACUAUAAUGUCUUCAGUGAUGUAUGAAUCUUUGGGAGCUAAGGUUGCUAUGUUCAAUCAGUAUGCCAACAAGCAUCAAGAAAAGCAGAGCAAAAACCCAUUCAGUUCUGGUCUGAAUAUCGAAAAGCCAAAAUUCUCGAAAGAGGAAUAUGGCAGACCAGAAGCAGGUUCCUUAUCCGAUCUACGUGGUCGCAAAGCAAAUGCUCAUAUUUUGAAGGAAAUUGUGGAGCUUUGUGAAAUUAUUAGUCACGAAGGCACACCUUGUCGAGAUCAACCAGACGUAAUUGGCAUCACGUUCGGCGACAUCUUUAAUAUUUAUACUAAUAUUAGCAGCAAAUGCGUAGGACUGCUGUUAAGAGCGAGGAAGCAAAAAUAUUUAGAAUUUGAAGGCGAAACUCUGUUUCAGAGGAGAGACGAUGACGUACCUAUAUUUUUAAUCAAACCUAUCGAAGAAAUUCGUAAGGAAUAUAACCAACGACUUGAGGAAAUUCAAAAUGAUCUAUUGAAUAGUUAAUGCAAAUAUUGUUUUUAUUAAUGUUACCGAUCAUCAAAAUGACAUUCGUGGUUAUUACAAUCGAGACAUCUAGUAUUUAAUCAUAUCUCAAUAAUGUGAAUGAGACCAGUAUGUAUAAUUUGUAUUUGACUUCUUAAUUUUGUAUUUUAAGAAUGAGUGAGUGCAAAUCGAUGUAAAUAUUUUCGCGAUUGACUCAAGUGAGAUUAAUUAAUGAGACGGUGAAACAAUUAGCGUUAUUAACAUAAAAUUUUUAUAGAAUAUUUCAUUGAGACUGUCGGCUAUGUAAAUAUUUUUGACGCAAAAUAAAUAAUUAAUAUUCUGUAUAUUUUGUUUUUAAAUAUAUUGCGAUAAUUUUGCAGCAGUAUAUUUAUCUAAAUGUAAGAUUUUCUUAGGAAAGGAGGACAUUUUUCAGUUUGGAAAGAUGAAGAAAAAUAACAUAAUUUUUUAUAUUUUUUAACAUUAUAUUUUUUUAACACAAGACCUUUUUGAGUAUUGGCUUAAUUAUCAAAUAAUAAAUAAUAAACAAUUUGAAGUUUCACGUACUUUUACUACAAGCGAUAUUGCCACGUUUUACUAGAAUGACACUUAAAGAGAAAAUGUAAAUAAUUUAAUUUAAUUAUACUUAUAUAAACUAAUAAAAACUUUUUUGUUAAU